AGGUUAUCAGGAAUGAAACAUAACAGUUCUAGGAGUGUGCGUGAACACAUUAUGGAAAUGAGGGACAUCGUGGCUCGCUUGAAGUCCGUGGAGAUUGAGAUAUCUGACUCAUUCCUUGUUCAUUUCAUACUCAAUUCUCUUCCUGCUGAGUUUGGACCAUUCAAAAUUUCUUACAACACACAUAAGGAAAAAUGGUCCAUCAAUGAACUUCUUACCAUGUGUGUUCAAGAAGACGAGAGGUUGAAGCAUGAGAAUAUAGAGAGUGCUCAUUUUGCGACACAUAAAGUUGAACAAGGAAAGAAAGGCAAGAAUGGUCCAAAUUUGAAGAAGAUUGGAAAACAAUCUUUUAAGCGUCAUGGCAAGAAGGAUGCUUGUUUCUUCUGCAAGAAAAAAGGACACAUGAAGGAUUGCUCUAAGUAUAAGGACUGGCUUAAAAAGAAAGGGAUUUCUCAGCCUAAGGAAAUCGACUGGAAGUGAACAAGGCAUCUACUCUGGAAAUGGGAUGCGUUCACACGUUGAAGCUGUGGGAACUUUUAGACUAGUUUUAGAAAGUGGUUUUGUUUUAGAUCUUGUAAACACAUUUUAGAUUCCAUCGUUUUCUAAGAAUCUGAUUUCUGUAUCUAAACAAGUACCGUAUGGUUUUGAGUUUAAAUUUAGUGGACCACAUUUUUAUUUUAUUAAAGAUACUUCAGUUGUUGGUUCUGGU